GGUCCCAUUAGUCAGCUCAUGGAAGACUGGGUACCAUUAUAAAUAUCUUCUCUCUUUCUCUUAUUCCUUUCUCUCCUGUCAUUCAUUCUUCAUAUUAACUUAUUUUAUUCAUUCACAUCUCAUCACAAGUUCUGUAUACUGCUACUGCCACUACGACUUCAACUUUCAAAAUUAUUACAGCGUUAUAUAAUACGAAAAAUAACAACAUGUCUUAUGCUGUCGACAUCCCCGCUGCGACCAUCGGUCAAUCCACAACAUGCCUGACCUGUGCCAUCCGUCUCCCUUCACUUGAGACCCAGCAGUUACAUCACAAGUCUGACUGGCACACCUAUAACCUAAAGCGCAAGAUGGUCUACCUGCCUCCUGUAUCCUCCGAAGUUUUUACACAACUGGUUCAUGCCUCUCGCGAACAAGCUAACCCGAAGGAGGGACCACAGCCAGAAUGUAUCCCUUGUGGUAAAAAAUAUCUUUCUUUGCAAGCCUACGAUAAUCAUGUCAACUCAAAGAAACACAAGCAAACUGUUCUUUCUUAUGAAAAGAAGCAGCAAAAGGUUGAAAGCACUACCACCAACAAGGCUCUGGAAGACUCUGAAGCAGUUUCAGCACCGAUCAAUAAUGCAAAUACUAUUUCAACACCAACAGAACGCCAGCCAAACGAAACCGUUUGUUUGUUCUGUUCAAAUGAAGCAGAAGAUGCGACCGCCAACUAUGCACAUAUGCGUUCUACCCACGGAUUCUUCUUGCCUUCUUCUGAACGCCUAGUUGACCUUGCAGGCAUGUUGACCUAUCUAGCUGAGAAAUUGCUCGAGAAUUAUGAUUGUCUUUGGUGUACUCCUUCGAUCUUUACUCAAAACCUUCGACCAGAUCAAGAGCUACAUGGUGGUUUCUCUAGUCUUGCGAGCGUUCGAAGACAUAUGAUCGACAAGGGUCACUGCAAGCUUUCAAUGGAGAAAGGUGCUGAAAGAGAAUACGCAGAUUUCUACUUGCCUGUCGACUAUGAUGAGAAUGUCAAUGAUAGUACGCCUAGAGAAUCAUUAGAGAACAGUUCUAUGGAUAUGGACGAUGAAGAUCAACGGAGGCUAAACAUGGUUCUCUUGGACGAGGAUGGUAACUGGAUUUUAGACAAGCAGGACGAUAACAACUCUGGUAUCUAUGUCGAUCCCCUCACCAAUGAACUUGUUCUUAAUAACCGUCGUCUCGCACGCAAGGAUGCAGCUCGCCGUCAAAAGGUUGAGUCUAGGACUGUAACCCUCGCCCCACGUGCACACCGUCGCCCAUCUGAAUCUACUGAUGCUACCACUGCCUCCACGACGACCACUGAAGCAGAGGGAGAAGCGAACGAGGACUCUACUUUAGCUAAUGAUCCUCAUAACCCUGGUUUGAAAGUCUCAGACGCUCUUCUCAAAUCACAGAACCAGUUAUCGGAUUCUACGCUGGCUGUGAGCCAUGUUCAACUAGAACAGGUGGCAACUAUGAUUGCAAGUGCCCAGGAUUACGAAUCAGAGAAGCGUAGUAGGAUGGCUACAAAGUUGUCAACCAGCAACAACCUCACCGGUCGCCGCCGCUGUGGUGCACCUUUUGGUACUAAAGUAUAGACUUGGACCCGAAUAAUUGUUACUCUCACUCGAAAAAUGCUCCCCCAUCAUUCAUAUUUUGUUAAAUAUACAC